CCUGUCCCGAGAACUUCGAAACAAUGGAUUCUAGCAAUAGUCUUAUUGGCAGCCAAACCAAAUCCCACCUUGAAAAACAGUUACAGAAAAUCCAGGAGCCUCUUUCCGAUCUCAAAGCUAAUAGAGUAAACUCCUGGAUUGGCGAGUUGAGGGAAACCGACAAGUCAUUAAAAAAAUUCUUCUUUACGUCGGAGCAUCAGACGUUAUGCACGCUACCUGGCAAGAAAGGUUUGUACUAUCAGCCCGGAAUUGUUUAUACUAUAUUCUUUAUCGUUCUCCAUCUCCAGGCUACCUGAAAUAGCUUCAGGUACUAUAUACAGUAAUCUUGAGAACUAGUGGACUUUAAUAUUUAUAUUAUGAUUACU